ACCACUGCGCCACCAGGGAAGCCCCCUGAAGUGAUUAAUUUAAAAGAGUAUUCUUUAUUUUUUCUUUCUUUAUAACUGAACACAAACAUUUUUACCUUUAUAGCACAGCAAGCAUUUAUUUACACAUUGUUGGCAAGUGUUAAAGUAUUUACUAAUUAUAGAAACAGAGUCAAGUCACAUCAGCUACAUUUUUCAGCCUUUUUUUUUUUAGAUAGUGUCUUUAUGGCUUAGUCAUUCAUACUUUUAAAAAAUUGAGUUACAAUUGACAUGUAACCUUAACUGCAUACAACGACUUGAUAUAUAUAACAUUUUUCAGUCUUGAUUUAAAGUUGGGGUUAUUCAAGCAAGUCCAGUCUGAACAAAAAGUAUCUCAACACAACAUCAUCUAUCCAGAGUAGUUUGCUUAAAUCUUGCCAAUUAUUUUAUAAAAAGGAUAGUUAAGAAAAAAGGAUUAUAUUCAAACAUGCAUAAUUAUAAAAAAAUUUUUUAUAUAAAUUUAUUUAUUUAUUUUUGGCUGUGUUGGGUCUUUGUUGCUGUGUGCAGGCUUUCUCUAGUUGCGGCAAGUGGGGGCUACUCUUCGUUGUGGUGCACGGGCUUCUCAUUGCAGUGGCUUCUCUUGUUGCAGAGCGCAGGCUCUAGGCGCGUGGGCUGAAUUCAGUAGUUGUGGCACACAGGCUCAGUAGUGUGGCUUGUGGGCUCUGUAGUACAGGCUCAGUAGUUGUGGCGCACGGGCUUAGUUGCUCCGUGGCAUGUGGGAUCUUCCCGGACCAGGCCUCGAACCCUUGUCCCCUGCAUUAGCAGGCGGAUUCUUAACCACUGCGCCACCAGGGAAGUCCAUAAAAUAUUUUAAAUUAUUUUCUGUUUAUGACUUGUCAGACUUUUACUCCUGAACUAACUUCGCCUUUUUCAUUGAUAGAAUUAUGUUUUAAUCUUUUUCAUUGUUAGUUGUUAAUGUAGCCAAGGAAUUGAACCUUACUUUAAUGAAAGAGAUACGUCAGAUCUAAAUACAUUUUGCAUUAUUAUGUUUUUAUUAGCACAGGCGGUUUAGAGCUGAUUGUACGCUGUGCUCCGUAGGCUGGUCUUUUCCCCCUGCUGAGUUACAGGUAAUGCGCUUAUGAUGACUGGGCAUCGUGUCCUGUAUCUGGAGGGUGUGAUGAAACCCAGAAACACAUGCUCAGUCUUUGGAUUUUGCUGUUGGUGAAACGGAAGCGCCGCCUUUCCAUACUGCCUCUGCAGGAUCUCCCUUCUCUCCCAGCGGCCCAGGUUGGACGCUGGCUGGAGAGUGAGCACCAAGGCCACCUCAAAGUUAGAAGCACUGCCAACUCCUGGUGGCUUUCAAGUCCAGUAGCCACAGAUAUGUCUGGGCUCGGGCCUCUGUUGGUGUUUGGGUGGUGCCUUUGUAUUGUACCACAGAUGGCGAUUGUCAGGCUGAAUGUGUCACAGAAUAAUUGGGGUGCCGACAUAUGAGGGCCAAAUGCUGUGUAGCAAGCCAUUUGAGUGUCGCUUAGAGGGCACAUGUUUAUUUUAAGGAGAUGCAGAAAGUGAUGAAAAUGAAUUUGUUUUAGUUGGCGGAGAAAAACAUGAAACCCACAGCAAUGGGGUUUUUGUCCUUUAAUUGUAAUUUUUCAUUUUCUAGAAGGCUAUUCCUAAUGAAGGUUUCUUGAAUACCCUUUUUUGUGUGUGUGGCUAUCUAAUAGUUAUAUUUUCCUUAAGUGAGAAGUUUUUUUUUUUAAAUAAGUAUAUUCACAGGUGGAUCAGAGAAAUGUUUCUGGGCUUGGCGUGGGGACUGUGUUGUGGGCGUGGUCAUCCCAGCUUUAGGCACUGGUGAGUUUUCAGUAGACAUAGACUUUAUAAUAACGGGGUCAGCAAAGGAUGGAACGUGAACAUGAGACAGUAGAAGUCAUAGGAAGGUAGAAUGUGUAUAUGUAGGUCGGAAUAUGUACUCAUACUUACCAUAGAGAACUAGCUUUAUACAUAGUUAGAAGGUGAAUAAUGUAGACGGAUAGGUAAUGAUAGACAAAUAUCCUAGAAUCAUAAAUUUUUAAGAGCAAAUCAUUUCUAAACCUCUGCUUUCACGUGCUUUUGUAAGGACACUUUACAGUCCUUAAUUGGUAUGGAUGUCCUUCGGUAUAUUGAAUUGACAGUGACAGUGAUUUACUGGUUACUUUUUUUUAAUAUUGUCUAAUGCAACACCAAAUACCGUUGUCUGAGCAUACAGCACGUGGAAGAAGGAGUGUGCUGCCUUCACUUUAAACCUGGGAGUAAACUGUUUCUGCAGCUUAUGAAGUACUGGUAGUCUUUGCUGCCUGGGACUUCAUUUGAGAGGAAUAAAUGUCACUGUAGUUACUUCAAGCUGUUACUUCAAGUUAUUUCAAGCUGUUUUGUAAUUGUCUUUACUCAUUUAUCUUAUUUUAUUUUAUUUAUUUAUCUUAUUUUAUUUUUUUGGCUGUGCCGCAUGGCUUGUGGGAUCUUCGUUCCCCAACCAGGGAUUGAACCCGGGCCCUUGGCAGUGAGAGUGAUGAGUCCUAACCACUGGACCGCCAGGGAAUUCCUACUCAUUUAUUUUAUAUGAAACAAGUCUAAUUUUCCAACCACCAGCUCAAGGUCUUUUGCUUCCCUUAGUUACGGGAAGCCUCUGAGGUUUACCCUUUUUUGUUCAUAACUCCCUUACAGUGUCUAGUGAUCCCUAAACAUUUCUCCGUGAGAUGUAGGUAUGCAUGAGUACAUAAGUUGAUGUAUUACAUUUUUCUAAGUAAUAUGUCCCUGAAAUUUUUUGUGUAAGUGAAAACUUUGAAAAUGAAUUUAUUGUAAAUAUAAGAGUAUUGUGCUUACAGGAAUUAUGUAAGACAUUCCUGUAAAAAUGAAUAAUUACCUUUAAUUUGUAAGUUUAGCUUUUUUACAUGCUGAACCUAUGUAUCUAGCAUUACUGGAACGUUUCAGCUUGUUUAUGCACUUCUCUGCAGACUUGUGAACUCCUUUGCACACACUUCCCUGCCUUAUGAACCAGGUCCGUCACCUUGAAUCCGUCCUCUCCUAGGCCAGUGCAGGUCAUCCUCGUGGAUGCCAUGGGAUACGCUUUAUUCACAUAGUGCCCGAGACAUAAAUUUUUGUUAAAUGAAUGAAAGCAUUGUUUUCUUCACCAUGAUUUGUUAAUCAUCUCUUCCUUUACUGUCAUUUUUCCCUCUUAUUAGAUAUUUCUCAUCUACUCUGGGCUUUGCAGUCUGAUGAUCUAUUAUUGUUUUUAUAUACAUUAAAAAUGCAUGUCAUUUUGCAUUUCUUUCAUCUGAAUGGCUUGGCGGAGUCUUUUCCUUCUUGGCUCUCUGGUGGUCUGGGAUGGGCAGGCGCCACAGGCCUCUGUGCCACAGGGCACACCUCCGUACUAAGUGAGCACUGAGUAAAUAUUUAUUGGGUGGAUGUAUAAAGUAACCAUUUGAUGUAUUUACACCUAUGGGUAUGUAAUCUGGGGAAACAUUGCUUAUUAUUAUCUGCUUGUGUUUUUACUGUAAGAUUUUUUUUCGAUUCAUUGCAUAGUAGUAACAUGGAAUUGUACUCAUUAUGUAUAAUUCCAUGAUGACAGUUUUGUGCUGAAUGCUCCAAAUUACCACAGGUAAGUGGGGCGUGGAGACACGCAAAAGAUUUGAAAUUUACCAUUUUCAAUUAGGUCCCUCAAAGUUCUGGAACCCUGGCCCCUGCCCAGAGUGAUGUCCCACCAUGUCCAAUGCUGUUGGCAUCUCAGCCACUGUGGAGCCACCGCAGGAGCUUGGAAUUGGUCAAUUGGGAAUUGGGUGACAAGUUGGCAUUAGGAAUGGAAUGUUUUUCGGGCAAGCGAAACAACUUUGUCCCAGUCUUCAGGCUGUCCCCUAUGAUUUUCACGCGUAUAAGGAAGUUGCACGAACGAUGUAUGAGACACUGGCCAGCUACACACACAGCAUCGAAGCUGUCAGCUGUGAUGAAGCUCUGGUAGACAUCACUGAAAUCCUCGCAGAGACCAGGCUCACUCCUGACGAAUUUGCAGAUGCUGUCCGCACGGAAAUCAAAGACCAGACUAAAUGUGCUGCCUCUGUGGGAAUCGGUUCUAAUAUUCUCCUGGCUAGAAUGGCAACUAGGAAAGCAAAACCGGAUGGCCAGUACCACUUAAAACCAGAAGAAGUAGAUGAUUUUAUCAGAGGUCAGCUAGUUACUAAUCUACCAGGAGUUGGACGCUCAAUGGAAUCCAAGUUGACAUCUUUGGGAAUUAGAACUUGUGGAGACUUGCAAUAUAUGACCAUGGCAAGACUCCAGAAAGAAUUUGGUCCCAAAACAGGUCAGAUGCUUUAUAGGUUCUGCCGUGGUUUGGACGAUAGACCAGUUCGAACUGAAAAGGAAAGAAAAUCUGUUUCAGCUGAGAUCAACUAUGGAAUAAGGUUUACCCAGCCAAAAGAAGCAGAAGCUUUUCUUCUGAGUCUUUCAGAAGAAAUCCAACGGCGACUUGAAGCUGCUGGCAUGAAGGGUAAACGCCUGACUCUCAAAAUCAUGGUACGAAAGCCGGGGGCCCCUGUAGAAACUGCAAAAUUUGGAGGCCAUGGAAUUUGUGAUAACAUCACCAGGACUGUGACUCUUGACCAGGCAACGGAUAGUGCAAAAAUAAUUGGAAGGGCUGCACUAAACAUGUUUCAUACAAUGAAACUCAACAUAUCGGACAUGAGAGGGGUUGGGAUUCAUGUGAAUCAGUUGGUUCCGACUAAUCCAAACCCCUCUGCAUGUCCCAGUCGCCCAGCAGUUCAGUCAAGCCACUGUCCUGGUGGGUCACACUCUGUCCUUGACCUCCUCCAAGUUCAGAAAGCUAAGAAGCCUACGGAAGAGGAGCACAAGGAAGUAUUUCUGGCUGCUAUGGAUCUGGAAGUUUCAUCUGCCUCUAGAACUUGCACUUUCUUGCCAUCUCUGUCUUCACAUCUGACAUCAAGUGUCAGUCCUGUUACUACUAGCAAAGCCGAGUCCUCAGGGAAAUGGAAUGGUCUACAUUCUCCCAUCAGUUUAAAAUCAAGACUUAACCUGAGUAUAGAGGUCCCAUCACCUUCCCAGCUAGAUCAGUCUGUCUUGGAAGCGCUUCCACCUGAUCUCCGGGAGCAGGUGGAGCAAGUGUGUGCUGCGCAGCAGGGGCAGCCGCCUGGCGACAGGAGGAGAGAGCCCGUAAACGGCUACAGCACAGGGGUGUUGCCACAGCCAGCUGGGACAGUGUUGUUACAAAUACCGGAACCUCAAGAAUCUAACAGCGAUGGGGGAAUUAAUGUAAUAGCCCUUCCAGCAUUUUCACAGGUGGACCCUGAGGUGUUUGCGGCCCUUCCAGCAGAGCUUCAGAAGGAGCUGAAAGCAGCCUACGAUCAAAGACAAAGGCAGGGAGAAAACACCCUUCACCCGCAGCAGGCCAGCACAUCCGUGCCAAAGAACCCGCUACUGCAGUUAAAACCAGCAGCGGUGAAAGAAAAGAAAAGAAACAAGAAAAAAAGCUCCAUCAGUCCCCCCAGAAAGAUUCAGAGCCCUUUGAAAAAUAUGCUGCUUAACAGUCCUGCAAAAACUCUGCCAGGGGCCUGUGGCAGUCCCCAGAAGUUAGUUGAUGGAUUUCUAAAACAUGAAGGUCCUGCCUCUGAGAAACCUCUGGGAGAACUCUCUGCUUCCACUUCAGGUGUUGCUGGCCUUUCUGGUUUGCAGCCUGAGCCGUCUGCGUGUGUUAGACCCCCAGCACCCAACCUAGCUGGAGCUGUGGAAUUCAGUGAUGUGAAGACCUUGCUCAGAGAAUGGAUAACUACCAUUUCAGAUCCAAUGGAAGAAGACAUUCUGCAAGUUGUGAAAUACUGCACUGAUCUAAUAGAGGAAAAAGAUUUGGAAAAACUGGACCUAGUUAUAAAAUACAUGAAAAGGCUGAUGCAGCAGUCGGUGGAGUCGGUUUGGAAUAUGGCAUUUGACUUUAUUCUAGACAAUGUUCAGGUGGUUUUACAGCAAACCUACGGAAGCACAUUGAAAGUUACAUGAACGUUACCAGGGAGCCUGCUGCUCUCCGCUAGCUGUGCCAUAAGUGCUUGUGAGGUAUUUGCAAAGUGCAUGAUAGUAACGCUCUGAGUUUUAUAAUUUUAAAUUUCUUUUUAAGCCACGUGUUUUUGUACAUUUCUUUUCAAUAAGUGCCAAAUUUGUCAGUAUUGCAUGUAAAUAACUGUGUUAAUUCUUUUACUGUAGCAUAGAUUCUGUUUACAAAAUGUUUGUUUAUAAAGUUUUAUGGAUUUUUACAGUGAAGUGUUUACAGUUGUUUAAUAAAGAACUGUAUGUAUAUUUUG